AUGAGAAAACUGGCCUUUUACACGUUUCUUUUAUGUUUUGUUUCCUUGGUAUAUGCUUCGAUUUUCAAUUGGAAAGAUGCGUUUUCUUAUCCAAAAUUUUCCUUUGAAUGGAGUCCUGAAGCUCUUAAUGUAACCAGAAUGGAAGAAUUGAAGAGUCGGUUGUUGAAUGACAAACUCUGGACGCGCCUUCGCACGGGAGACGAUGAUUAUUUCUGUGUUUAUCCCAAUAUCACAACUAUAGAGUCAAAGUCACCGCUAGAACAGCCUAUGCAUGACAUGAAUGAAAUAAAGAACCAAAUAUCCCAAGCGUUAGACUCCCUCAGCGAAGUUAUUAUAAGGGAGAAACGCGGAUACUGGACAUAUGACUAUGUUCACAAUCAGUUUGCAAUUCAGUAUCAUUUGGAUGUUUCCCCCGACUUCAAAACACCCGUUAUAGAACCCAUAUAUUAUUUGGGAAAGGCUCGUUCCCAAGAAGGAAACGAAAAGCCUCAGGAAGAGCAAUUACUGGUCAAGUUUGACGAUGGAAAAGCCUAUUUACAAAGUACUUAUUACAACGGCACGAUCUGUGAUGUUACAAAUAAACCACGCACUGUUGUUUUAAAAUACGAAUGUGAUGGCGACGACUCAGCUCCAAAGUUUACUCAGUAUCAAGAAGUGUCUAGUUGCUCUUAUUUCAUGACGAUCCAUGUUCCUGCUUUGUGCAAGCAUAAAGCUUUCCAACCCAUAGAUGACAGUCCUAUCGAAAACAUCGUUUGCUACCGUAUUUCCACAGGAUCAGAUAAUCAUGGUCGUGCCACUAGCACCAAUUCCCAGUUACCUACCGGAACCAGUACUAGUAGCUCUACGAAAUUGAAUAGUGAUGCAAAAGUCAAUGUGGGUGGGUCCGUACAAUUUACAAGCAGUCCUCCCGACGCUGAGGAAGAACUUUAA